AUGCGUGCCUUGAGAAUUGCAAAUGCUGCUCAACAGAUGGCCAGCGUAACUCGGGGUAGCAGUGCCCCAGUCACGCUCUUUGUUGAGAUACUGAACAACAGGUACCUCUGCUUCUCUGAGAAAGGAAACCCCCAGAUUACAAGUGCUGCAAUCCUUGGAUUGGUGGAUUAA